AUUUAUUUGGAUGCAAUGUUGAAGGCAAUAGCUUCAUGGUUGUUUAUUUCUUCGCUUCUGUUAUCGGCGUCCGCCGCAGCCGCCGGCUUUCCCGGGUGUAAUUGCGACGACGAGGGGAGUUUCUGGAGCACCGAGGGCAUCUUAGAGACUCAAAGAGUGAGCGAUUUCUUGAUCGCCGUCGCGUAUUUCUCGAUCCCCGUCGAGCUGCUUUACUUUGUUAGCUGUUCCAAUGUGCCGUUCAAAUGUGUUCUCUUCCAAUUCAUCGCCUUCAUCGUGCUCUGCGGGUUGACUCACCUGCUCCAUGGCUGGACCUACGGUCCACAUCCGUUUCAACUCAUGGUGGCUCUCACCGUGUUCAAGAUUCUCACGGCGUUGGUCUCGUCCGCCACCGCCAUUACGCUCAUUACCCUCAUUCCCUUGCUUCUCAAGGUCAAGGUGAGGGAGCUUAUGCUGCGGAAAAAGGCUCGGGACCUCGGUCGGGAAGUCGGUGUGAUAACGAAACAGAACAAGAUCGGUGCACAUGUCCGAAUGCUAACUCAAGAAAUCCGAAAAUCGUUGGAUCGACAGACCAUCUUGUACACGACAAUGGUGGAGUUGUCCAAGACAUUAUGUUUGCAGAAUUGUGCUGUAUGGAUGCCUAAUGGGAUCAAGACCAAGAUGAACUUGACACAUGAACUCAAAGCAAGACGCCAUUCAUGUAAUUUUUCAAUUCCGACUUCGGAUCCGGAUGUCACGAGAAUUAAACGAAGUGAUGAAGUUAACAUUCUUGAUUCCGACUCGGUUCUCGCCACCGCUAGCAAUGGAGAGUCUAAUGAGCCAGGGUCAGUGGCUGCAAUUCGAGUGCCAAUGCCUCAAGUAUUGGAUUUCAAAGGGGAAACUCCGGAGGUAGUUCAGACAUGCUAUGCGAUAUUGGUUUGUGUUCUUCCGAGCGAACAAAAUCGGUCAUGGACCAACGAGGAAUUAGAGAUGGUUAAAGUCGUUGCCGAUCAGGUGGCUGUGGCGCUCUCUCAUGCCACCAUUCUCGAAGAGUCUCAACUCAUGAGGGAUCAAUUGGUCGAGCAAAAUCGAGUGCUGCAAUUGGCACGACAAAAUGCUAUGAGGGCAAGCCAAGUUAGCAAUUCGUUUCAGAAGGUGAUGAGUGAUGGAAUGAGGAGGCGAAUGCACUCGGUUUUAGGCUUGCUUUCGAUGAUGCAGGACGAAAAUCUGCAUAACGAUCAAAGUAUUAUCGUCAAUUCAAUGAUAAAGACAAGUAACGUGCUAUCGACAUUGAUAAAUGACAUGAUGGAUAUUUCAACAAUGGAUAGUGGAAGAUCCCUAUUGGUGAAGAGAGCCCUUCGAUUACAUUCCAUGAUAAAAGAAGCCGCUUGUCUUGCCAAGUGCUUGGCUGUGUAUAGGGGUUUCGGCUUUUCAAUCGAGGUUGAUAAAUCCGUGCCCGAUCUCGUUUAUGGUGAUGAUAGGAGAGUUUUUCAGGUGAUACUGCAUAUGGUUGGGAGCCUAUUGGAUGGCAACAGCGAAGGCAGAACCGUAGUACUUCGGAUGGUCUCUGAGAACGGUAGUCAGGAACGGAAAGAUCGUAGACGGGCUGCAUGGAGGCACAGCUCUUUGGAUGGAGAUGUACAUAUCAGGUUCGAAAUUAGGAUCGAAAAUAGCAACUCUCAAUCAGAAGGCAGCUCAAUUUCGGAGUUACAGAUCAGUGGGAGAAAAUACAAAAGCCAUAGAGCCGAGGAACGGUUGAGCUUCAGCAUUUGUCAAAAACUAGUGCAGCUGAUGCAUGGGAACAUCUGGGUAGUACAAAAUCCUCAAGGUUCUGCUCGGAGCAUGGCACUCGUUAUUCGGUUUCAAGUCCGACCAUCCAUCGGUAUAACAAUCAACGAGCCUGGAGAAUCUUCAGACCAGCCGUGCUCCAACUCUCUUUUCAAAGGCUUGCAAGUUUUACUUGCCGACGAAGACGAUGUGAACCGUGCCGUGACACGAAAACUUCUUGAGAAGUUGGGAUGCAGUGUCUCCGCCGUGUCAUCCGGGUUUGAUUGCCUCAGCUCCAUCGGGCCAGCCUCGUCUCCUUUCCAGAUUGUCUUUUUGGAGCUUCAGAUGUCCGGGCUAGAUGGAUACGAAGUUGCAAUGAGAAUCCGGAAAUCCCGAAGCCGUAAUUUUCCGUUGAUCGUUGCCAUGACCGCCAGCGCCGAAGAAGAUAUACUGGAAAAGUGCUCGCGGAUCGGAAUUAACGGAGUCAUUCGGAAACCAGUGCUGUUACAAGAAAUCGCCAUCGAGCUCCGGAAAGUCUUGAUGCAGGCCAACAAAGUUUAAGUCACCGAAUCGCACCGUGCUUACUCGCAUGCAUCCAGAUUCCGAUCAAAACGGUACACAAAGUCGGCUCCCGUUUCGCCUAUUCUCCCCGGAUUAAUGUGCUCGAUUUCAUGUUCGAUCCACAUAGAUAGUUUUCCAGAUCUAAUCAAAUUAACUCUCGUUAGAAUCCUCAACAACACAUCGCUCUUAACAAAAACAGAUUACAUUCACAGUACAAAGAACAAGAUUAAA